CGCGUGGUCAAGUGGACUGCAGUGAUUUUCGCUUGCAAAAAGUUCCAAGCUUUUUCGGUUACAAAAUAAUUAACUACAUCUACUUAACUGGAGUUAAUUAAACUAUAACUUAAACCCCAAAAUGGGUAAUUCCAGUUCCAUUUGCGCCGAUCGCAAUGUCAUAACAAAUUUCGAUGAAAAUGGCACGCCGGUAUAUCCCACUGCCAACAAUUCCCAAAGUCCUUCCAAUGGCCAAAUAACGCCUCUGCACACACACAGUUGCGGCAAAGAGCGCGAGCAGGGCUACUACACGAAGAGCAACAACAACAACCAUGAGAGAGAGAGCCAGAGCUGUUGUAGUAGCAGUAGUCGUGUGUGUAAAAAUCAUACGACUACAACGACAACCACACUCGAAUACGAACUUUCCAAUUUCGCAAAACUAACGACACGAAUCACAACGCAAAGUGCCGCCGAAGUCGCCACAUCGCCGCAUACGGUUACGGACACGGACAGGUACAGGGAUACGGAUACGGAUCAGGGUAAUUUACCUACAGCCACCGAUUUGGAACUGCCCAAGGGUUUGCCGUUAUCCUCGCGACAUCACUGGAAUCAGCUGCAGAGCAGCUUGCACGCCCUCCACCACCAGCAACAACAACAGCAACAGCAACUACGUUCGUAUAGCUCCACUAGCCACACAAAUUUGGAGGACAAGAUGAGCAAUCCCGCUUCGAAAGUGAAUGAAUACGCGAACCGCGAUCGCCUGGGCCUUUGGGGCACUGGUGACAACGAGGUGGUCGGCAGCAUCUCCGGAUUUGCCCGACUUUACGACAAGCGCUACUCAAAGGGCCUGGCCUUCACUCACGAGGAGCGCCAGCAGUUGGGCAUCCAUGGCCUGCUGCCCUACGUAGUCAAGGAGCCCAGUGAGCAGGUGGCGCACUGCCGCGCUCUGCUGGAAAGACUGGAGCAGGAUCUCGACAAGUACAUGUACCUGAUCAGCCUGUCGGAGAGGAACGAGCGCCUCUUCUACAAUGUGCUCAGCUCGGACAUCGCCUACAUGAUGCCUCUGGUGUACACGCCCACCGUGGGAUUGGCCUGCCAGCGCUACAGCUUGAUCCACCAGAACGCCAAGGGCAUGUUCAUAUCCAUCAAGGACAAGGGACACAUCUACGACGUGCUGAAGAACUGGCCGGAAACUGAUGUUCGUGCCAUUGUUGUCACGGACGGCGAGCGCAUUCUGGGACUGGGAGAUCUGGGCGCCAAUGGCAUGGGAAUACCCGUGGGCAAACUGUCCCUGUAUACGGCCUUGGCGGGCAUUAAGCCAUCGCAGUGCCUGCCCAUCACCCUGGAUGUGGGCACCAAUACCGAAUCCCUGCUGGAAGAUCCCCUGUACAUCGGUCUGCGCGAACGCAGGGCCACUGGAGAUCUGUACGAUGAAUUCAUCGAUGAGUUCAUGCACGCCUGCGUCCGUCGCUUUGGCCAAAACUGCCUUAUCCAGUUCGAGGACUUUGCCAACGCCAACGCGUUCAGGCUGUUGUCCAAGUACCGGGACACUUUCUGCACUUUCAACGACGAUAUUCAAGGAACCGCCUCGGUGGCCGUGGCUGGACUGCUGGCCUCGCUUAAGAUUAAGAAGACCCAGCUGAAGGAUAACACGCUGUUGUUCCUGGGCGCCGGAGAAGCGGCUCUUGGUAUUGCCAACCUGUGCCUGAUGGCCAUGAAGGCGGAGGGUCUCACCGAGGAGGAGGCCAAGGCCCGCAUCUGGAUGGUGGACAGGUGGGUCAAUAUAUUUUUAAAAAUUCAUACAGAUACUAAAAGAUGCUUUCUCUUUAGCCGUGGUGUCAUCACCCGCGAUCGCCCAAAGGGCGGACUCACCGAACACAAACUGCACUUUGCCCAGCUGCACGAACCCAUUGACACUUUGGCAGAGGCGGUGCGCAAGGUACGUCCAAAUGUCCUGAUCGGAGCAGCUGCGCAGGGUGGAGCCUUCAACCAGGAGAUCCUCGAGCUGAUGGCCGAUAUCAACGAGACACCCAUCAUCUUUGCACUGUCCAAUCCGACCAGCAAAGCGGAGUGCACCGCCGAGGAAGCGUAUACUUACACCAAGGGGCGCUGCAUCUUUGCCAGUGGAUCGCCUUUUGCUCCCGUGACGUACAACAACAAGAAGUUCUACCCGGGUCAGGGCAACAACUCCUACAUUUUCCCUGGCGUCGCACUGGGUGUUCUGUGUGCCGGCAUGCUGAACAUUCCCGAACAGGUGUUCUUGGUCGCAGCCGAGCGCUUGGCCGAGCUCGUGUCCAAGGAUGACUUGAGCAAGGGCAGCUUAUAUCCACCACUCAGCUCCAUCGUCAACUGCUCGGUGGCCAUUGCCGAAAAGAUUGUGGAGUAUGCCUACAAGAACGGAUUGGCCACUGUUCGCCCGGAGCCGGUCAAUAAGCUGGCGUUCAUCAAGGCCCAGAUGUUCGAUCUGGACUAUCCGCGAUCCGUGCCCGCCACCUAUAAGAUGUAGAUGGAUGAACCGAUGAAGAUCCAUUCCGCCUACCCCCAGAAACCAAAAGGAGUGGCUAUCACAGAUAUUCGGCAAGGGCGGCGAGCAGUAACCAUGUUAUUUAUUUUAUAAUGUCGCAACAUUUGUCGUCUAGCAUAUAUUCAAAUUUGUAUCGCGGCUAAUUAACCCCCACUAUCCACCAACCACAUCCCUCUCCGCACCACAAUAGGUUAUUUAAAACCACUAAAAUGGAAUGUCAUCUGCAUGCGGCGCGCGAUUUUGUGUAAUGCUAACUAUGUAAAUGGGAUAUUGAUCUAAUAGAUAUGUAAACAAAUUUUAUGUAAUCUUGAACAACACAAACUAUUCUAAGGAUAUAUACAAAUAAAAAAUAAAGAAUAUUAAGCCAAA